UAAUUUAUGGUCAGUUUUAUGCGCCAUUUUGUCGGCUCUAAAGGCGGGGAAUUUGAAUAAAACAAACGUGCGUUACUUUUUUUGUAUUUAUUGUGAUAAAAGGAUGCACACAAGCUAAUUUAAUGUUUACACACAAUUACCACACGUAUCGGUGUAGCGUAGAUAAGCGAUUAGUGCGAUAAAUAACCUUGACGUGAUUCAUCAAGGAAAUUCCGGUACCCACUUAAUUUUUUUUCUAAUCAACUAUACAACAAAAGUCAAAGGCCACUUCUUUCACCAGCUAUUUAAACCAAACUAUCUAGUGUAACAACUGACAGUCGUAAUAAUCACAACAAUGCCAAAAAACCUGGAUAAAUUUUUGACAUUCCGGGAAAUUGGGGAACGCCUAUUGAUAUCUAAUCUUAUCUAAACAAAAAUUUGAAUACGCCUUGAGACCGCAAAAACCAUGGCUUCGAACAGGUCGCUUCACCUGGACCUGGAAUUAAGAACUAGGGAUGAAUCCCAAAUUCCCCUCAACCACACCCCUACGUCACCCACGGACCAAUACUAUCGCAGUAUUUUUGACAGGUCAGGUCAGGUCAGGUCAGGUCAGGUCAGGUACAUUUUUUUUAAGGCUGACACUAACAAGGACGGGGUAGUGACCCCCAACGAGCUCGAGCGGGUGGUGGACCGCUUGAGCCUCACCGAUGAGCCCCCACCGCAACAACUAAUCCGCCAAAUCCACCAAAUGGCCGACAAGAACCAAGAUGGUGGACUAGAUUAUGGGGAAUUUGUCACAAUGAUAAAAACACAGCCCCUCUUUAAGAAAGUUGUAACCCGUUAUGUGAAUUUCAUCCUCCCGAGGAAAAAACAGGGGGCUGUGGCCACCCAAGUCGACGGUGCCGGCGAAUACGAAGACCAGUACAAAUUUUGCCCGCCAAAAAUCGGAAUGAUCACAAUUUCAAUCAUCGAGUUGAUUUUUUUCGCCAUUGAUGAAUACCGUGAACGCAACUCCACCCUAUUUGCCGCUGGACCAAUGGCCCAAUUGUUUAUUUACGACCCGGAACGGCGUUACGAGGCUUGGCGCUACCUCACUUACAUGUUCGUGCACAUUGGCUACUUGCAUUUGGUGGUGAAUCUAGUAGUCCAGGUUUUUUUGGGGAUUCCCCUCGAAAUGGUGCAUGAUUGGUGGCGCGUUCUUUUAGUUUACGUCACGGGAGUGGUUGCCGGUUCGCUCGGGACGUCAAUCACUGAUCCCAGGGCUAAGUUGGCCGGGGCCAGCGGGGGGGUUUACUCGCUCAUCACGGCACAUAUUGCCACCAUAAUUAUGAAUUGGCACGAGAUGAGCAUGCCGUUCGUCCAACUGGCGAUUUUUUUGCUCAUUACGGGGGUUGAUGUGGGGACUUCGAUUUAUAACAGGUAUUGGGCCAACUUGGAUGAGCCCAUUGGGUACAUGGCGCAUUUUUCGGGGGCUUUGGCCGGGCUUUUGGUCGGUAUUUGUGUUCUCAAGAAUUUGCAAAUCACCAAAAAGGAGAAUAUUAUUUGGUGGGUGUCCAUUGCGGUGUAUUUGGCCCUGAUGGUGGGGGCCGUCGUGUGGAACAUUUUCUACAGUGAUUAUUUCCCCACACAGAAGUAAUUUUGUACCGAUUUUUGUAAUAAAACUUGAUCAAAAUCAAA